UUCCAUUUGAUUUUUUUCGACUUGCAGCAAACAAGACACCAUGGUUGAUGCCGCAGUUCUCGCUAAAUUGGAGGAGGGUUAUGCCAAGUUGGCUGCCUCUGACUCGAAGUCGCUGUUGAAGAAGUACCUGACCAAGGAGAUCUUCGACAACCUGAAGAACAAGGUAACGCCGACCUUCAAGUCGACCCUCCUGGAUGUGAUUCAGUCCGGUUUGGAGAAUCACGAUUCCGGCGUUGGCAUCUAUGCACCCGAUGCUGAGUCCUACACAGUGUUCGCUGAUCUGUUCGAUCCCAUCAUUGAGGAUUACCAUGGUGGCUUCAAGAAGUCCGACAAGCAUCCAGCCUCCGAUUUCGGUGAUGUGAGCACCUUCGGCAAUGUCGAUCCCACCAACGAGUAU